ACCUAAAGGUUUGAGCGAAAAAAAAAGAAUAAUACAACCGUCUUUCUGGCGGCUUCUCUUCGUGCACAGCUCCCACUUGUAUGACAUGGCCACGACAGGAAGCCUACAGCCGCUCAAUAUGAGUUUUAUCAAGGGAGCAGCCAGGAGACCCCGAGCAGAAGACGCCUACUCGAGUAGCUCAGAGUCCCGUUUGGCGUCCUUAUGGCGCCAGGGGUUCAGCCGACGGCACAGCAACGUGCGAAUCCCCGGCCAAUUCGUACAGAAAAUAGGCGUCGUACGAGUAGGCACUGGAGUUCCCGGAGGACACCAGGAGGCAGUCCUUCAGGGCAUUGGCACCAGCUCGCUACCACGAGUUUACAACGAAGACUUUGAGGGUGGCACCGUGGAAACCGCGGCUUCGUGGCCUCCAACGGUUGCCCUUGCGAUCACGGCGCUCGCUGCGAUGUUUCUCAUCGGUGUCAUCGGACUGUUCAUGAUGAACGAGGACAUUGUAGCGAAUAUUUGGCCCCGCAAAGAUCACGGCUUUGUGGAAUACGACGAUUUAGAGCCAAUAUCGUGGAGUCCUCCAUCAGAUAUUGAGCUACACACGAAGGUUCUCACUCGCGGUGAAAAGGUUUCGACGCAUCGCGGUACGGUCGGCGCAUCGAGAUCCUCACGUGACUCGUCGACGCUGAGGUCAGAUGUCCACCACCACGGACCAAGAUAUGCUGAUGAGGGCGCAGUGUCUGAAACCACCGGCAAGGAGGCAGAAGUACCGGCCACUGCGAUUCAUGGCGCUCCUGAAACGACGGAACAGACAACAUGGGACCCGGACAGUGAGCAGCCAACAAAGCAUGGCUGUACCUCGGCGUUGCACACGUACUGCGUGAAAGUCCGCGACGAGUACUACUACCAGCCGGCGGUGAACGCGUGUGUCAUGACGGCCACCGACAGCACCGUCGUCUGCAACCACAGCCGCAACAAGUUCGCGUCGCACGCCAGCUGCAGAAAGAACUGCGUCGACAGCGCAGUGCCAGCUGAGAAGUGCUUCCACGCGGCCACCUUCUCCAAGUGUACCAGACGCGACGUGCGCCACAAGUGGUGGUACUUCGAUGGCGCCCGCUGCCAGUCGUGGGACUUCCCGCUGGGCGCCUGCCCGUCCCUGACAGACGCCGAUGGGGGAGACGCGUUCGCCAGCUGGCACGAGUGCGCGCAAUACUGUGACGGCGGAGCUCGCGAUCAGCAUCACCGGCACUCGAAGCGCCGCUGUCUGCCGCCGAUCAGAGAACCAUGCACCGCCCAGCAACUCCGGUUUCCUUACUUCGCUGUCGGCGUGCCUAACGCUGGAAGCGGCAACUUCCGUUGCAUCAAGGCGUCGGGAGCCGUUCUCGCACACCACCGCUGCCCUACAGGCGGGAACCGCUUCCAGACAAAAGAGGACUGUGCCAAAAUGUGCCUGCGUAGGUCGUGAUCGCGCGGCUUUCUACUGGUGGGCACGAGCUCGGGUUUCGCCUCUGACAUAUCACACUUUUGUCUCGCGGAUUCCUCAUGCCAUUCGCAAUUAAAACACAACGCAAAAAAUGUUGUUUCGCAACUGAAUGGUUUCUGGGACGUAACCAGUCAUUUUAAAUAAAUUAUGUUGCGACA